CCACUCGGUAACUAGCGUUAAUAUGAUAAAAACAAAAUUUAUAGAAUUGUGAGAAGUUCACCAAAAGUUCACAAAGUUUUAAUGCUCAUCAAAAGUUCAUGAAACAAAGAUCAUAGUUUGUUUAAAUGCGGAACUUUAACCUGAUGACAAUGCAAUAUAUUUAUGGAUAUAUAAUACAACUCAAUGACCAGUAAGAAUACCUUACUUAAGUCACAUGAUACAUAAGUCGUGAAAAUCUCUCAGGCGAGAGUCAACUGACAAGAGCCGUGGAUCUUUAAAGCCUUAUACUUGUAUUUUAUGUGAGAAAUCAUCCUUGUAAAUAUGCUUGAAGAAAACGUAAUCAAAAGGUGGAAUCGCAAAAAAGAUAGAAAAAUAUUCACUCUUUUCUAAGUUGUGAGGACGGAUUAAAUCAGCAUAAAAGAAGGUUAGGAACUUGUUAAAACAAGCUGUGGUACAAAGUUAAUAUCUCCGAAAGUUCGUAAAAUUGCAUAAUGAAGCAUACCAUUUGUCAGAAACUAUAAGGUUUUCUCGUAGUUAUGUCACGUCAUCGCUUACAUCCUGAAUGUACAGGUCGUGUAGAAGCAGAUGCUGUUUCGGUUGAAAGAGCAAGAACAAAAAUUUGUGGAAGCUGUAGUAAACACUUUGUUCAAGGCGAACGCCCAGCUUAUCAAUGCCUUGCAUGUGACUUCUACGUGUGCGUUAAUUGUGAGCGUCCAAUAUAUCAUCCUGCACAUCCUGAAAAUGCUCUUUAUCUUACGAUCAAGAAAUCGUCAUGGAGGUGUGAUGUAUGCAGAAAGAGUAGUAUUGAUCUUAAAGACAAGCGUUUUUAUAGUUGUGAUGAAAGUUACUUUAAAAUGUGCGUAGAUUGCUCAAAGGAAAUAAGGACAACUCUUCACCCACAUCCUUUGCUCCAUACAGAUACUAGAUACACAUAUCCACAAACCAAUGGAGAAUGGAACUGUGAUAUAUGCCGAAAUAACAAUGGACCAGGACAUUAUUAUCCAGCGCACUGUGCAUUAUCAUGUGAGUUUGAUCUGUGCGAUAACUGUUUGAAACCUUACAGAUCAACUUUCCAUCCGGCUCAUGCCAUGUAUAAAGCAGAUUCCAAUGUUGUAUAUGCUAGUUUCAAUGGUGGAUGGCGAUGUGAUCGAUGUUCUCAAAGUUUUAAUCCGCAUAAUAAUAACAUUCCCUAUCAUUGCUCCAUAUGUGAGUUUGAUCUUUGUGAAAGCUGUAUGAAAACAACUGCCGAUCCAUCUAAUGCAGCUGGUUUUGACGUCGCUAGACCCGAGGUUCAACCAGGUUUGGUGAAUUUUUUGAUUCUAAGACAUGAGAGAAUCAAGUGGAUAUAUAUAUACGUGGAGAUACUCCAAUAAACGCCUGAACAAAGUAAGCAUAAUUUUAUGGAGCUAACAAGAAAGAUAAAUAUUAAACGUAUGAUGCAAGUAAACAUGGAUGGUGCUAAAUUACUGAUGUGAACACGCAUAUUAUACAGUGCCCUACUACUACUAAAGAUGCACGUCUUGUCAUUUGUUAAACCUACUUCAACACGCACACUGUCUUUCUUGCAAGACACUAUCAACGAUGAAAUGAAGAUGUGCCAGUGGCAAAAAAGCAACAGAAGUUUUUGUCGUAAAGAAACGUUUUUGAAACCAUAUUAAAGAACUGAGGAAAAAAUUCUUAGCGUCAUGAAUUUAGGUUUACUGUGACGUUUUUACUAAGCCGAGCACCAAGGGGCAAUUCCACGUGACUGACGUUACAUUUGAAGGAUUUGUUGAUGCGAAAAACCUUUAUUAAUUCUUUGCUAUAAUAUUUCACCCUUCCAUUUUUAUAUGACAUUUUACUUACUAUACCCUGUAUCUGUUGUCUACAUCAAACUAAUCUAAAUUUAAGUUUUUCUACUGUCUUCGGCAUUCAAGUGGCUGUGACUGAUGUUACAUAAAAUGGACAAGACCUUUUAGCACCCAAAUUUAAUCAAAUUUUGUCUGGAAACGUAAAAAGAUUAAGUUUUCAAACAUAGUUUAUCAAAUUCAUAACAUCUAUUAAUAUAAUAAAUUUAUAUACAGAAA